GCAUAUUUCUGGGUAUAUCUAUUGCGCACAGUUGGACACGCCACUACUGCUGCACCGCUCCGACUCGAGACAUCUCCAGCUCCUAGACCACACUCCGACCAACCGCAAACAUGAGCGACAAACCCGACGUGUCUGAGGUGACGAAGUUCGACAAAUCCAAACUGAAGAAGACGGAGACGCAGGAGAAGAACCCCCUGCCUUCAAAAGAAACCAUUGAACAGGAGAAGGCAGAGACAUCGUGAAGCCUGCACCUCCAUCAUGCACUGUACACCCCCUUCUCCCGCAUUGCCUUGUUUUCAGUCACUUCUUUUAGCUGUAUAACUUUGUAACCGAAAUUAUGAAAUGACAACAACAACCGCUCUGCACACACGUGCGGGCGGAUGGUGCCUCCGUUUGGGCAGUUUGCACGUGCCCCUUGGUGAACAUCUCCACCCCUCGAGGAUGGUCCAUCUGAGGCGGGGCAGGGGAGCGACAUGGUCCUAAAGGUGCGUGUCCUGAGGGACAGGAAGCACAUCAUCGUCUCACCCACCAACACCAAAACCCAACUUCCUGUGUAGCUGCUUUCGCGCCAAAAGCCGGGGCGUCGAGCUUUUUAUCGUUUUUGUCUUCUAAUUUUCGGAAAAUGCACAACUUUGUAUGUACGCUGGCCAAAAUGUAAAUGCCCCAAAAAAUGUGUGUCACUAUGUUUCUGUUUUUGUUAUUUUUUACACAAGGAUCAAAGUAAUUGACGGAUUCCAUAUAGAUCUGGGAGAUCCCAAGUGGACCUGGUCUGGGCCCUGCUCUGAACCAUUCAGGACGGCUUUUGUGUUGAGCAGUCUCUGAAUCGUCUCAAAUGUGGAAAAAAAUCCUGGCAAUUCAAACCAUCUGUUUGCACGAUUUUGGCUCUAAAUUAAAAUCUUGUGGAGUUUUGUAAAUUCCCAGCAGUCAUGUUACUCUGCCACAAAUCAUUACCGAAAAUGGAAAACCGUGAAAUGUUGUAAUAAAAAAGAAUUUGUUACUAAAACGA